AUGGGUGAUCAUCUUCCACGGGAUCUCUUGACCGACAUAUUCUCAAGACUUGGUGUCAAACAACUUUGUAAGCUCAAAUGCCUCUCAAAAGAAUGGCUUAAUUCAAUUUCCAGUCCCCAUUUCAAGAAACAACAUCUCGAUCAAUCGAAGAAAAGGCCAACUCUGUCUCUUAUCAGCUCUCCAAGAAGUAAUUACUCGUUCUCGUCCCAACUCGUUCAUCUUUCUUUAAUAAACCCCUCUAAUUAUGAAUUGGUUCAUGAAUAUGAAAGUAUUGCAGAAAUUGGACCGGGCUAUUUUGUGUGCAGUUCUGGGCUAGACUUGUUAUGUUUUUACCAAACAGGCUAUCUGGGAAAAAUAUGGAUUUGCAAUCCCAUUACCAAAAAGACUCUAGCUUUGCCCAUGCUUUUUGGCUUUGCUGGUCGAGCUUGUUUAGGCUAUGUCUCUUCGACAAAUGAGUACAAAAUUGUAGCAUCAUAUGAGGGGAAAGUGAAAUAUGUUGAUGGGGAUUUCUAUACUGGUUUUGAAGAAUCUUUGUGUUUCAAUAUCCUAACCCUUAAGCUAGAGGAAGAAACAAGUGUAGUAGGAUCAUGGAGAGACUUGUUGAGUUGCACACAAUAUUCUGGAACAUGUCAUCAACCAAUCCACAUCAACGGGUUCAUUUAUUGGCUUGCCUUUGCAAAAGAUAAUACCUUAAGUAGUGAUCAUGUGAGAAUUCUUGAAAUGAACUUGGAAAAUGAGGAAAUAAAGACCUUCUGUUGUCCAAAUGGCUUUAGUGACUUUGGGUUUUCACAUUUGUCUGAGAUAAAUGGACAUUUAUGUUUGGUUCAGAAUAAAAGAGAUGGACAUAUGCUAAAUAUUUGGAUGUUGAAGGCCCAUGAGAGUGAAGCAUGGUGUCUAGAGUAUAGUAUUGAGGUUCAUGAGAGUGCUUCUAACUUCAAUAUUAUUGGCUAUUUACCAAGAAAUAAUGAGAGUACUGGAGACAUCUUGAUUAGGUCCUUAAAAGGUGAUCUAUUUUGCUAUGAAACUGAUACAAAAAGUUUCAAAGAAUUGCAGAGUUUAAAUAUAGUGGAAUAUAAGUGGUGUGCUCUUUUCUAUGACAGCUUCUUCUCUAUAGGCCUGCCAGGAAAUUAG